GGCCAAGAUCAGUACACCAUGACCAUUUGAACAAGAAAUAAUAAUUGUAUCGUCGGGUUUUUUUUACAACAUGUCGUCAAGCAACCAGCGACUACUUAUGUUGGUGAUCGGUGGACGUGUUUCAAUCUGCCAGCGAUCCUGACGAUUCCAUGGGAUGCAUUUGUACGAGGAUCUCACAGACAAACAACAAACGGUCAGCCGAAGACUCUGACCUGAUUCUCCUCGUACUUUCCGUCAGACAAGGAUUAACUGAAUAUUUAGGAAUGGAAGAAACGGAUAAACCAGUCUUGGAACCAGCUACCACAGAAGAGUCGACAGACAAGCGGUGCAUGGUGCGUACCAACCAGGUGGCGCCGAUCAUCAUCAAGAACUGCCGAGAGGAGUACCAGACUCUUGUCGAGUUCAAGGAGCCCAUCGUCAUGGGGUGCAUCGCAGACCACUUCCUAGAACACCCCCUCAUCAAGGGCAAGUAUUUCGUUGUGAAGGACACACUGGCGAAAGAUGAUGUACUGCAAACAAUAAAAAAGCACCACGCACCCAACUUCUGGAGAACCAAGGCCGAUUUCCCCGUGUUUGCCUGCGGCCAGCCAACUGCAAAUGGAACUGUUGCUCUCUUUGACAGCUUUCUGGACAGAUUCAAAGAUGUGUUCGUGUUCAACCUGCGAGAGGACCCCGUGCUGUUCUUGAACUGCGAGGACGACUUCGAGACGUACUCCAUACGUCACCACAACAACGUAUUCGAGACGGUCUUCAACACGCGGGACGCGAAGGACGCCAACGAAAUGGAAGCCAGGAUCAGACAAGACAUUGUCGACCUAGCCAGUAUAGGCGACAUUAAGCGUUUCUAUUUCUACGACGACCUGGACAACCUGCACGACGAGCCGCACAUCAAACCCGUGCGUCACGAGGACGACCUGCUGGUGGCCGAGGAGGUGUACUCCAGACAGGCGUUCCUCAAACCGUCACUCACAUAUCAGCGACUGUGUUUUCCCGUUAACGGGUGUCCUGAUGAAAACGCCGUUGAUUGUUUCUUGACCAAGUUCAAGGAACUGGACAUCUUUGACACGCACAUCCAGUGUCCGGCCAUCCUGUCGAUCUGUCAGACCGGGAAGGAACGGGCCACGGUCGGCAUGGUGAUGGGUUGCCUGCUGCUCGCCUGCAAGCAAGGCUUUCCAAGUGAAAUCAGUCACCACCCACAUCCUAUCAACACCGAGCACCCAAACUUCGAGCAGGGCGAGUUCCAAGCGACCCAGGCGCUGGUGAAAGCCCUAAAAGGCGGACUGAAAAUAAAGCAACAGGUGGAUAUCAUCAUUGAUAAGUGUUCCGAGAUGAUCAACCUGCGGACAAUAAUCUCCGACACAGUCAAAGAAUUGCACUCCGCCACAGAUCGGUCAGCGAGCUCAAGGGAAGAAUUACGACCUAAGUGCUGUGAUUAUUUGGAGCGUUAUCUUUUUCUCAUCUCAUACAACGCCUAUUUACAGGACCAGUUUCGGCGGAAACUGCCGAUCACGUACUCUCGCUGGGUUCACCUGCACCCGGAAGUGACCCGCAUCAGCUGUGCCUUGGAUUUCUCUGAGAAAGCCUGCCCGUUAGUACUGGCGCCAGACCGCUCCUUGGUGGCCGAUAAUUACGUCGGACUCGAUGUUCUAAGCAGCCAGAUGGAUGUAAGAGUUUCCAAUUUCCGGCGCCUACAAGGACUUCCGAUUUUCGGAAUGGCCCAACCUGCUCGUAACGGCUUGUCUCGAGUGGUGAGCCACCUGAUGGUGAAGAAACUCGGCCACUCCCAGGUGAUCCUCAUCAACCUGCGUAACGACCUCACUGUGGAGUGCGACGACGACACCUACUGCGUGCACCACACCAAACACAUGGAGGAACCCGUCCUCAUAGGGGGUGCUUCCGGGAAGGAGCUCGAGGAAAAAGAAGAACUAUUAAAGAAAGAAAUAAAGCGUAUUAAAACAAUUGAGGUGUACCAAGAACUGGAACAUCCUGCAGUGAGCAAGACAUUUUCCAGCGUGUUGACCCCAUAUGACCUGUGGGAACACCAGCGACUGCAGACGUUGGAUUUGUACUACCACCGCAUGCCAUUUCAGUGCGACAGCUCCUUGGAAGAGAAGGAGUUUGACGACCUCCAGCAGCUGCUGUUCAGCUACUACAAGAGCGACAGCGACUGGCAGAAGGACAACCUGGCGUUUGUGUUCCACUGUCGCACCGGCAAGAGUCGAACCUCACAGGCCAUGGCCGUCGCCGCGCUCAUUUUCUUCCACAUCAGGGACUUUCCCUAUGGUUCGAAACCCGGCGAGCCAGAGAGAGUGUCCUGUCCAAAUGCACAGUACACGAAGGGAGAAUACAUAAUCGUGCAGAAGCUCGUGCGUCUGUUGCCAGAGGGUCAACAGGUGAAGAGAGAGGUCGACCUGGUGCUGGACAUCCUCUUUGAGACGAUGAGCACGACACUCUUCCAUCUGAGAGAAGUGAUCUUCGUCACCUACAACAAGAUAAAGAAUGCUACGUCCGACAAGCAAAAGGACAUGCUACAGCGGCUGAGCAUGGAGUACCUGGAACGCUACAUCUACCUCAUCCUCUACAACUCGUACCUUCACUGUGAGAAGGAGUCGGGGUGGGAGAGGUCGUUUAGUCAGUGGAUGAAACAGGUGGCAGCACCGGCCGGCGUGUACGAGCUGCUGGACAGUCUCGGGUUCUACGAUUUCGGACCGGUCAGUAACGCCUUCAUGACGCGGAAGGAACGGUGGAAGGCGCGACAGACGGUCCUGUCGUGUGGUGGAAACUUCAUCUGAACGCGCUCUCUCGUCUGUGAUCUCUUGUUUUGAUAUUUCACUGUGAAGAAAAAAACCACUGCAAUGUUUUCACACCUCAGCAUUGUCCUGCCACGAGUAUAGAGAGAAGAAAAAACAAAAACGCAUGUUUCAUAUCAACUAGUGAUGUGCAAGUGUAUGUCUGUUUGGGUUUUUAUUAACACUCAUGCUUGGACAAUUUGGUCAUUGUGACAGUGGAGGAAAAUAUGACCGUCACAGAUUACUUGCACCUUAAUCUACAUUAAGAAACGGUGGACUUGAGGUUAAUCUCUGGAUUGAGUACUCGCCUUUACUGUCAAUGUAAAACUGAUUUUGAGCAAGCUACGUGUUCGUUUCGUACAAUAGAUCCCUCUCUGAAUAUGCACGGAUAUAACAUGUAUUUGGUGUCUUAAAUCUUACAUUGGGUAUACAGGAUCUAAACCACGUUUUGUCAUGGUGGUAGCAGUCUCUUGUUGAACAGGGUGACCAUCUGAAGUUGAAAUACAAGGAGAAGGAUUCCGGAUUAUGUGAAAGUGAAGGCAGGACGAGUUCUGAUUGGAAUUCUGGUGCUAGGUUUGAGCAAUGGUGACCAGGAAGAAUCUUAAUAGUGUGUGGUUAGUUUCAAUUGUCGGGGCGGUGCUGGUUGGCCUACAAGUCCGACCAUGGAAACAGCUUUUAUCAUCCAUUAAAGGUUUUUGUAAGAGAUAUCGCUGGCAUUAUAAUCUCCUGUAAUAUUCUCUUAGGAGAUAUUGCUUCUUAGUGUUACGUCACUGUAUAUGUUUCCGCGCUAAGCCUAUCAUUAGUAACAUCACGUCACUGUCGUUCUGCUAGUUAACGAGUAUACCACUGCCAAAUAUAGUGACAUUCAACCCACAUUACUGACAUUGUUUAUAACUGUCGCAAAUGAACAGAAUGAUAAUGGAUGAUAAAAUAUACCCCUCUCGUGUCUUGUGAUAUCAUAAUUGAUCAGUACUCGUUGAUAAAUUAUAAUAUCACAAGACACUCGGGGAGUAUCCUCUAUGUAUGUCACAAAGACGAAUCCAGUGAAGGUUUGGUGGAGGGAAUGCGGUUUGGUGGAGGGAAUGCGGUUUGGUGGAGGGAAUGCGGUUGUUCCUAGUUUUUAUCAUGUAAACAUCAUUUGUUUCUCGUGCAGUUAAAAUUCUUCUUUUUAAGAGUUUGGUCAGGUGUGUUCAGGAGACAAAGGCAGUGAGUUCAGACGUCAAAGACCCAGAGAACCCUCCACAGAGUUUACUUCUCAGUGUGUUGUUGAGCAGUUUAACUCUGGACAAGGUGUGUGUAGCUUAGCCUGGAUAGCAGGCUGGAGACAUAACUUAUUAUAACACUUAUAACUACAUCACCUAAUUUGUCUCCAGUUUGCCUUCGUGUGUUGAAACAAGAAUGCGUUUAAAGUUUUCAACAGAUUUUCACAGUGUGCUAGUCAUGAACGUAUAGAGAGAUGAGGUUGUGAUAUGUGACCUUGACCAUCAUUGUUUACAAUUUUACCCUAGAUGAUCUGCCAGUAUUGGUUUUUUCUAUAGUUCGUCACAGCUUCCACAAAAAAAAUGUGUUUUAUGAAUAUUGAAUUGAAUUGCAUAUAUGAACAUUAUUGUUAUUUGAACAACUGUUAUCCUUUCCCCAAACAUCGUGGUAAAAUGGGGUUAUCGGCCGGGACGGACAGCACAACGUUUUAUGAAGAAGGUUUUGGGCAAUACUGAGAUCGACGCUUACCUUACGUACAUAGCUUUUUUAAAAAAGCGGUAGAAAGAAUGAGACCAUUUAAAAAAACAAAACUAAAACUUAACUAGAACAAACCACAGUGAGUCUCGCCUUCCUACCAAGCUGUCCCGUACUAAUAUUCUGGCACAGUUAGUGAUUGUCCAUGGCAGUGCCUCGGUAGGUUUACACGUUAUAAGGUCAUGUCUGCUUUAAAUUAACAAGGUGCAAGAGGUACCGUGGGUUCUGAAAAUAAUAAGGAAACGUUAUUAUAUCUUCUCCAGUUAUACAGAAGUAUAAACUGAAAGGGCAGUUUCUGGUAUUUUUUCGGAGGGUACAGCCCCCCUCCCCCCCCCCCCCCCCCCCCCCCACACACACACGUUUGUUACGGUCUUGAACCAGUAUUGUACUCCUCCAUUUGUAACGUGGCUAUUUUACCGAAAACACCAAUAACAUGAAUAGCAUAAUAUUAAGGCGAAUCACCCUAACAAGUCUACAUUUGAUGUUCGGAUUUCUCUAGUGACCCAAAUAAUAAUAUUGCUAAUAGUUAGUGUACCAGUUCAUCCAGAUUAAUUUCAAGAUGUAAUUGUUUGUCAGAGAUUGGGUUUUACCAGUCUUCUUUUUGUCUCAUCACUUGUGUCAGGUAUGGCCAGGAAUCCAUUUUUUUUACGGUCAUGGUUUGUUUUUACUGCUGCAAAAUUCAAGGCCGGUCACUCUUGUUGGUCUAAUGGUCAAAGACAUCUGCUUGAAGAUUCGUAGGUGCUGGGUUCGUAUCCCAUAAUAGAAGCCACAGCGAUGUUUUGCUGGUAAUUGGAGAGGUGUAUACUAUUAUACCUAGAGGUUAGUAGACCAGGCUAGCUGCGAGGUGUCCAUACAGUACGUUAGUGUAGUGUUUUUGUGUUUAACAUUAAACUUUUGUAUCAUACUACUUUUACACACUAACUUGUAAAUAUUGCAUUAUGGAAAUUAUGGCUUUCUUCAUUGUACAUAAUAUAUAUAAAAAAAUUGCACCUCUUUA